UGUUUGUAAUAAAUGUCAACAAGAUCGACUUCUUUCCGUUUGCCUCAUUCAAUUCAAUUUACUCCUGUCUCUUUCGGUUAGAUGAGCUGAUUUCACCUACAUCCAACCCCACAGAGAAUGAACCUGUAUAUGAAAAUAAUUUGUGUAGAUUUUUUUUGUUUAUGUUUUUUGCAUUUGAGGGGAGGGACUAGAAACAAGAUGUAUAGCCGGUAACCUGGAAGUCCUUCAGGCAUUUCAGAUGUGUCUGCCAGCUUUCUAGCGCAGUAGAUUAAGCUGUGAUAACCGAAGUGACUCUGGCCCUGUUUCCUGAGUGCAUCACCCCUGCGGGGCGACACGCUAGUUUUCCAGCUGCAUACUUGGGAGUUCCUGUCAUCUGUGCACUUUACACGUGCAUGUGUUUUGCAGGAGUGGGAGACGUCAUGGUGAACAAAGACCUGAUCUGAGCCUUCGUGGACUUCACCCCUCCUUUUAGCCAGGUCACUUUAAUAAGUGGCGUGUUCUAGAAUCUUUGAAACGUUUCUAGAGCGUAUCCCGAGUAGGGCGCGUGAAGUACUUACGGCCCAGCUCUGUUUUAGGGACCAUGAUCGUAAAGAUUUUUCACGUGUAAUUGUAGGGGAUUUUCCGAGUUACCACCGUUACAGCAGAUUGUGUUUUAUGUCGGCUCUUUAAAGAGGACUCUUAUCUGUCUCUGCCCAGUCUUUGGAUUAUAAAUCAAAUUCUAGUUUAGAAGUGUUUAUUUUAAAAGGAGUCAGUAGACUGGUCUUUAUUGUUUAAGGUUCCUUUUGAACACCUGAGUGUUUUCCCCUCCCGAGUCAUCAUUUAUAAAGUUGUAUGAUAUGCUGACCUUUGUGGGUGUGCAAACGUGGGUGUCUGAGUGUCGUAACACUUCAGUUCAGCUCACAAAGGCUUAGAACCUUUGCAGCAUUUUACAUAUUUAAUCUUUUAUUCCUAAGAUGAUGGGGCCAGUGUUCAAGAGGUGCUGUUGGAGAUCACUGAUCAGAGGACCGUGCCCAAUAUCUUUGUGAAUAAAGUGCACGUGGGCGGAUGUGACCGAACUUUCCAGAAGCUAUAACCCAACUCACGUGGGGGUAUGUACCAUAGUUUAUAGCCUCUAAACACCUUUGGAGUUGCUGGUCUUGCCAGUCCUAGCUGGGAAGAUGCUGUCAGAGCAUGGAUCUGGGGCUGUAGAGAUAUCAGUUCUACUUCGAGACUGCAAGACUCUCCCUCGGACAGCAGCUGUUUAGGAGGUAGAUUUCCCUCGGGCCCCUAGGAAUCAGGAGGCCACCCGGCUUUGGGACCAUGCACGAGACAUCUGCUGGGUCUGUGGUCGUGUGGCACUUCCAUUGCGCUCCCAGGAUGAGCCCGCUCGAAAGCCAGUGUGAUGGGACUGAGCAGCCGACUUCGCACAGACAGAACUAUUGUUUAGUCACAUAUGGAGCCUCUGACCUCAUCUAAGCUUCUUCUGACCACAAGGAGGGUCAAGUGGACAAGAGAAUGUGCUGCAGGGUCAGCCUCCUGACCAUCCCAACAGAAAAAGCACGUUGUUUGUGUUGUAUAGGAAGUCGCAAGAUUUAGGUCAAUUUAUGAGAAACCAGGAAAAACUUCAAAGUGCAUGUCCUGCUGAUGAUGCAUGAGAAUUGUUUUCAAAGUGAAGACUAGCAUAGGCACAUCAGAGUGGUUUGUUACAGGAGCUCCUUCAGGAAGAUCCAGCACAUGAUUACGACCUCAUUGUCAUUGGUGGUGGCUCUGGCGGCCUUUCGUGUGCUCAGGUCUUGGUGGCACUUGUGUGCAUGUCGGCUGCAUCCCUAAGAAGUUGAUGCACCAAGCCACGCUUUUGGGCCAGGCGCUGACUGACUCAAGGAAGUUUGGCUGGGAGUACCAUCAACAAGUGAAGCACAACUGGGAGACCAUGAGCAAAGCCAUUCAGAACCACAUCGGCUCUCUGAACUGGAGCUACCAGCGGGCUCUGAGGGAGAAGGCGGUGGCCUAUGUCAACUCCUACGGGGAAUUUGUUGAACACCAUAAAAUCAAGGCAACCAAUGGAAAAGGACAAGAAACAUAUUAUACUGCAGCAAAAUUUGUCAUAGCAACAGGGGAAAGGCCACGCUAUUUGGGAAUCCAAGGAGAUAAAGAAUACUGUAUUACUAGCGAUGAUCUCUUCUCUCUGCCCUACUGCCCGGGCGCGACCCUGGUGGUGGGCGCAUCCUCCGUGGCACUGGAGUGCGCAGGCUUCCUGGCCGGCCUGGGCCUGGAGGUCACGGUCAUGGUGCGCUCGCAGCUCCUGCGGGGCUUCGACCAGGAGAUGGCCGAGAAGGUGGGUUCCUCCGUGCAGCAGCUCGGCAUCCGCUUCCUGCGCAAGUUCGUGCCCGUGGAGGUUCAGCAGUUGGAGAAGGGGUCACCCGGGAAGCUGAAGGUAGUGGCUAAAUCUGCGGAAGGAACAGAGAUGAUUGAGGGCCUUUACGACACGGUUUUGUUAGCAAUUGGUCGUGACUCCUGUACAAAGAAAAUCGGGCUGGAGAAGAUUGGUGUCAAAGUCAAUGAGAAGCCUGGCAACAUCCCAGUGAGCGACGUGGAGCAGAGCAACGUGCCCUGUGUCUACGCCGUCGGGGACGUCGUGGAGGCUAAGCCUGAGCUCACGCCCGUCGCCGUGCAGGCGGGCAAGCUGCUGGCUCAGAGGCUUUUGGGGGGCUGUUUAGAAAAGGACCGGGUGAUAGGAUUUCACGUCCUUGGACCGAAGGCCGGUGAGGUCACGCAGGGAUUUGCAGCCUCCAUGAAACGUGGGCUCACAAAGCAGCUGCUGGACGACACCAUUGGGAUCCGCCCCACGCGUGCACAGGAUGAAGUCGAUGUCACAUUCGGGACGUGUUUUCUUAGAGCAGAGCUCAGGUACCGACAGCUAAGUGCGAAUUCGUGUUGUCUCCUCCCCGUGGGCAGGCGUUCACCACCUUGGAGAUCACGAAGUCAUCGGGGCUGGACCUCACGCAGAAGGACUGCUGAGGCCAAGCCGCUGCUGUCGCUUUCCUUGCCCCGCUCCCGUUUCUGUGAAGACGGCGUGCUCUCGGGUAAGCCCGGGGACAGCGUGGGGACAAGGAGGCGGGGCAGCCGCCGUGCCGUCCACCCGCCUGGCUGACGGGGAGGGGCAGCCACACUGCGUCCUUGACGUCUUAGCUCGGAGCCGUCAGGUGAGCCAAGGCCGAUCUCUUCCCCAUCAGCUCCCCCAGCUGACCUUUUAAUCACACAGCUCAUCUAAGUCGAUGUUCCUGGUGGCCAGUGUUUUUAUCCCCUUGCUUUGUCGAGGCCACAGAAAUGUUUUCUUUUAUGCAACUGACUCUGAAGCGGGCAUCGUCAAUGCAUGGCGUCUGGGACGCCCCGUCGCUGCCGCCGAGCACCAGCGCGCCGUCUUCUCCCGUGGGCACGUGUGCGGCCGCCGGCAGACUGCCUCGCCCUCUUCGGGUUCCCGACAGUGACCACCUGGCCGCUCUCCUCGUGGCGUCACUGGACUGAGCAGAACAUCUCACAUCAGAGAGGGCUGCCUGGACUCCUCAUGUUGAUCUUAAGAAUAAUAUUAAAAAGUUCUCGGGGGCUUCCCUGGUGGCGCAGUGGUUGGGAGUCCGCCUGCCAAUGCGGCGGAUACAGGUUUGCGCCCCGGUCCGGGAGGAUCCCGCGUGCCGCGGAGCGGCUGGGCCCGUGAGCCACGGCCGCUGAGCCUGCGCGUCCGGAGCCUGUGCUCC